AAAGAGACCUCCGCCCCAGCGUUGCUGGGCGCGGGCCCCGGGGCUCGACUCUAGGGCUCCCGGGCAAUGGCCAGGUCUCCGCGCGAUGCCCCCCUCGGGAGCAGUGCUGUCUCCAUCUGACCGCCCUCUAUCCCCUCCAUCCCCUUCCCGUUCCGGGCUCUCCCUUCGCUCCCAGCCAGCCUUUGCUCCAGUCUGUCUGUCUGUCUGGCCUGGCGCGCAACCUCCGGCCACCGGCUUGGAUGGACGCGCGGAGGCUGCUCAGGGGUCCCGGGGUCUUGCUUCCAAAGUUGAUUCUGCUCUUUAUCUACGCAGGCGAUUGUCUUGCUCAGUGUGGCAAAGACUGCAGAUCGUACUGCUGUGAUGGGACCACACCUUACUGCUGUUCCUACUACGCCUAUAUUGGGAACAUCCUCUCGGGCACAGCAAUUGCCGGCAUUGUGUUUGGGAUCGUAUUUAUCAUGGGGGUCAUUGCUGGAAUCGCCAUAUGUGUCUGCAUGUGCAUGAAAAACAACCGUGGGACCCGGGUGGGAGUCAUCAGCACUGCCCGCAUCAAUGCCAUCACCUCCUACCCUGUGGCGCCGCCCCCCUAUAGUUACAACCGGGAGAUGGAAUACUGCGCAGAACUGCCUCCUCCCUACUCCCCAACGCCACAGGCUUCAGCACAGCGGUCUCCACCCCCUCCUUAUCCUGGGCACUCAAGGAAAUAAUCCUCCUCCCAGAAGAGAAUAUGUGCCAGCCACAGCUCUUGCCCAGAAUAAAAUGCCUCUACUCAGAAAUAGACAGGAAAAGGUUGCUGAAAGGAAUAGUCUUUUGGAUCAAACAAUGUGUCAAGUGGAAUGUCCAGGCUAAGAGACACAGAAUUUUUAACCCUUCUCAGAGCUGACCCCACCUGGAGUAUUAUGUUUGGUUUGAUGGAACCACAUUUAAAGAGAUCUACUAAUCAACCUAAACACAUUCAGAGGAGAGUAAUGAGACAGAUUAAAUAUCUGAAAAUGAUACUGCGAUACUGAUCCCGGAAAAGAGAAGAUUUACGUGAUACAGGAAAAUAGCCUGGACUAUCCAAAGAAAGCACUAUAUUCCAUAUUUCACAUAACUUUAAGAGUCAGAACUAGAAUUGUUUGCCCUUUCUUUCAUCAAUAAAUGCUGAGCAAGUGCACAAGAACCUAGUCUGUGCCUUAUACCAUUGGAAGCACUGGAUGGAAGUUACAGGGACUUUGGUUUCAGUAUGAGAAAGAGCAAUUGGAGCUUUUGAGAAGACAGAACUGGCUGACUAUCUGUUAGAGAAAUGCCUUAGAAGGGGCAGCUAAAUCAAAUGGUCGAAGGGUCCAGCGGACCUCAAAAGUUCUCCUUAUGUUUCAUGUAGGUAUGGGAUAAAAUUUGUGUGCCUCCAAAGAUAAAACCUACUGGAAUAGUUCAAUCUCAUCUAUUUACUUUGAAAGUUAAAACAGAGUCAAAGGGAUUCAAAGUUGCUCAAACCCAAGAAUUCUUCAAUGAUAGCGACUGCCACUGAAAAGUCAUCUGACUUUACUCAGUGUAGUAUGACAAACUCAGUGUAGUAUGACAAAGGCUAUUCCAACAGUGAAAAAAAAAAGUACCAGGUUCCAGAAGCAACAAAUUCUUCACUUCCGAUUAAAAUAUUAGAAGCCAAAUAAUUCCAUUUUAUCUACAGCAAGUAAAAUCUCAGAACUUGACCAUGAAGAUAUACAAGUUUACAAAAAGAAGAAAAAAUGAAGUUUGGAUUCUGUUCUGUGGAAUUCCAUUCAUACGUAGCAUAGCAAAAAAUUUCUGUUUCUCUUUCAUAUAUUUUGAUAACCUAGUCCUUUGAAAAAGUUACACAGUUAAUGGAAAGGUUAAGGUAUUAACAUCAAGUUGUGCCUUUUGCCAAAAUCCAAAUGGUAUGAAGUGCUUACCUUUAUGUGUAAAAGUUGGUAAUAAAUAAAUCUAAUAUGCCACAUUUUGUGCUGCAAGUGACCUUAACAUUUAUGUUAGACCUUUUAUGUACUUAAAAUUUACACUGAGAAAACACUGGAAAUAGGCGAGUGAAUUUUUGUAUCACUUUGCAAGUUAGUCUAAAAUGUUUACUCCACCACCAUCAUCAUACUUCAGUGAAGUCCCCAAACAAUGUUAUGAAUUUUGCUUAAUAAAACCAAAGAAAUGUCCUAAGAUAUAAAUUAUAGUUCUGCUCUUAUACACAGAAAAUUUGGUAGCUAAUACAAGUAGCAUAUUUUACUUACAAAUAUAUUGAUCUGAUUGAAAUACAGUUUGUCAGUGAGAUCUAAAAGCCAGACUUGUUCUGAGUGACUUGCUCGGGUUUUUGAUACUGGUAAUUUCCUUGCUUAUGAAGACACAGUGCAUUCAAGAGUUCCAGCCUAUUUUAGUAACUGAGAUUUUAGCACAGUCUUAACAGUACAUACGCUUUAAUUCCUCUUUCUUCUGCAAGUAUGAUCAGACCCAAUCACUCUGUAACUGUGAUGCUCAAAGUGUCAGGGUCUCUGUGAGUUUGAGAAUUUUGGCUGCAAUGCACCAUAUAUUUCUUAUAUAUGAGGAAGAAAAAUGGAGAGGAAAAGAUCAGCGGAAAUUGAAUUCUCAUCAUCUUCACCACCAGUAAACAUUUAUUACAUACCUCUUACGCUCUGCAAACACUACAUAGGAGCCAUUUCAGUACACGCCAUCUCUCUUCUUUUGGGUUUGUUUAAUGCCUCAUGUAAAAUAUCUCACAAACCCAUAGACCUACAAUAGAUGACCAUUUUUAUUAUUUGUAUUUAGUGUCACGAUAGCGUAAAUGUGCACACUAUCAGUACACAUUUUCAGAGUUCACCAAUUAUUUUCAUAGAUGAUACAUCUUAGGGGAAAGUAGCAUAUGAUGCGAAAUCUUUGAACUCCGGUUAUUUAAAAAUCAAUGUAUUUGCUGAGGCCAAAAUGUUUACAAUGAGCAAUAAAAUGAAACAACCCGUUUUAACAAGGGUUAUA